CUUUGUGAUUCAAUGUAUUUCAUAGAGUACUCUUUUAGAUCUUUUCUUCUCUUCCAAUUCUGGAUUCAAGGAGUUGCUGGAGAAUGUCGGGGAGAGUUAAAUACAAAUACUACAUGUUCAGAUGGAUUCCCAACCGAAUGCAAAUCCACAUGCGGCUGUAAUAGUUUGACAAUUGAUGGAGAUCAAAUAAAAAAUAUGGCACCUUUCUUUUUUUCAACAAAUAACGGAACCUAUAUAAAGGCUACAUUGACUUGGAAGAACUGUAUUACAGUGACAAAUGUGCAAUGUCCAACAGGGUAUAAUCCAUUAGCUCUCGUAUACGCAGAAGAGGAUGAAGAAAUGAAUUCAUAUAAUAAUUGGAAAGACUACGCUUCCAGUACUAGCUAUGAAUGUAAAAGCGGAAAAUGGGAGAAGACGUCCCACAUGGAUGAACAAUAUUUCUACAGCUGCAAGCAGAAAUAG